AUGAUGUUUAUUUUACAAAAUAUAUUUCUGAUAACUGUUCCAUGUUCAACUUUAUUAACAACUAUUGCUAUGUUAUUGCCAUAUUGGUGGUCAUCAGAAACACUUCAAGUUGGUCUUUGGAGAGCUCGAUCAAUAUCUUCAUCAUGGUUACUUGUUGAACCACAAAUAGGAACAUCAGAAGGUCGUAUUUUAUUUAUUUUACAAAUUCUUUCAUUUAUAUCAGUAUUAUUAGCCGAUAUAAGUGGUAUUAUUUGGUUAAUUAUUAUUAUUCGUCGUAAAUCUCAUAUAUUAUUAAAAUCAUUUUUUUCAUUACUUACGUCUACUAUUCUAACAUAUUUAUGUUUAUCAAUAAUGAUAUAUCUUGUUUGGCAAACAACAAAAGAAUAUAUACAUUUAAUUAAUAUAUCAUAUUCAUUCUAUAUUGUUUUAAUUAUAAUUAUACUUCAUUCAUUAACAUUUAUUAGUAUAACAAUUAAUUUAUUGAAAUAUCGAACAAAUCAUUAUUUAAUAGAACCAUUACAAUUCGACAGGAAAAUUCUUUUUGCUUUUAAUGAACCUAUUGUAUAG